GCAAGCAGUUGGCCGGCCACCGCCACCGCCGCAUGGCGACACCACUGGACGUCCGACUGGGGCUCACCAAGCCGGAGGAUGUGUCCUUUAAGCUGCGCUGGGGCAUCCUGGGAUGCGGGCCCAUCUCUUCUGACUGGUGCAAGUGCUUGAAGGAGGUGCCUGGAGCCGUGCUGCAGUCUUGUGCUGCGCGGGAUGCCGGAAAAGCAGCCAAGUUUGCUGCCAGUCAUGGUGUGGAACGUGUAGCUGGGGACUACCAGGCCCUAGUCGCAGAUCCCAAUGUGGACAUCGUGUACAUUGGGACCAUCACUCCUUUGCACAAGGAGCAAGCGAUGAUGGCCAUUAACGCUGGGAAGCACGUCCUCUGCGAGAAGCCAAUUGCCACCACUGCAGCGGAUGCCGCAGAGCUCUACGCUGCUGCGGAGGCCAAAGGAGUUGCGCUCAUCGAAGGAAUGUGGACGCGAUACUUCCCAGCUGUAGAGCACGCACGUGCUGCAAUCGAACUGGGCAGGAUCGGUGAAGUGCGGAUGGUGCAGGCAGACUUUCCUGAGAUCUGCUAUGCUGUGCAGUAUGCGCCCCUCUUUUUUGGGGAUGGGGCGCCAUCAACAGUGGUGUCGGCGGGCACUGGCAGCACGGGUGCAGGGGCCGUCAUCCACUAUGCCAAUCGAGGUGCCGCAGUGCUCUCAUUCCCCAAUUGGGCCUGUGAAGUACCUGAGGUGUGCGAGGUCAUCGGAACAAAGGGCCGGAUUACCUUGGACAACUGGGGCAUGCACCCUGCGCGGAUAACGAUCCAGCUCACAACCGAGCAGUGUUGGGAUGAGCCGCAGGGUCACACUUCUACCGCACAGAACGGCGUGAGGCCGCACAUGGAGCAGGUGACAUACCCUGUCCCAGAACCAGCCGGCUUACCCGCUGCUGGCUGGAACUAUGUGAAUCAGCACGGGUUCCUCUACCAGGCAGAGGCAGUGCAUCGAUGCCUGGCAGCGGGGCUCAAGGAAUGCCCUCAGUUCACGAAGGCGGAGUCAAUGAGGAUCAUGCAGUUGCUGGAUGAGAUCGAAAAGGGAGUUACAGAUACAUGCAGAUGA